AUGGCUACUGAUACGACCAUUGAUAGCCUGCCUGUCACGGGCGAUGGUGCAGCUGAAGCAUUGACCGCGACGGUUCUGGUCGCCUCGACACCAGGUGCUGAAGCACAGACAAGUGCGCUCUUUGAUCCGCUGCAUCAGGCCAAAGGUAGUCUGCAGCUGCAGACCGAGGCUUCGGCUGAGCUACACCCUCUCAACUCUUCACUUCAAUCACUCUACUCGGUCCCAAGUGCGGAUGGACGACUUUCACGUCAUCAGUAUCGUCAGCUGAUCGCUCAGAUCCGUCACUCGGUUUCGCAAUUUGCGGCCACGACGCCUGCUCUCCAAUUACCGCCGUCCUCACCGCAGCAAUCAAAUCAUGCCAACACGGCUAAUCAGAUACGCCGGUACAUCUCGCUGCUCACGGAAACAUCAACGCACACCGCGGCGCUUGCGCAUUCGAUUGCCCCGAUCAAGUCGGCCGAUGUCGACCGAGGGAACACAGCGAUCCAUCCAAUGCCGUUGGUGUCGUUUCCGCAACAGCUGCAAGUCGGUGCGUUUCGCCGUGGCUCCAGCGAUCAUCCCACUUCCAGCUGGAGCUUAGCACUCGAAACGCUCGAUGCCCUUUGCGAGACUCUUGAGACGACAGCCAAAGCCCUGGGCCUCGAAACCUUUUCCGAGCCUUCGUCAGAAGCAACCGAAGUGCCAUCAGAUACAGCCUCGGGCAGUGUUCUUACCCAUACACUCACGCUUGGAGCCAAGAUUCUAGUCAUCGAUAUCGAGCUGCACAUUGUCAAGACGGGUACUGUUGAAGGCUUCCGUCCAAAGACCAAGCUGAAGCUAUCAUACGCAACAGACUCGGUCGAUUCGCAGCAAACUCGUGACCCUCGUCUCGGUGCCGUGCUCGAGCGCGAUGUUGAGCUCAUCGCUGAAAAGCUUUUCGGGCCUGUGUCGUCAAGCUCUUUGCAACAAGACAGGACGGUAGUCGCUCAAACCCUGGCCAAGUGGACCACUAACCUCAACGAGCUACUUGUCCUAGAUGAUCUCGAAGCCAGAGCGAGUCAAGCUGCUACGGAAGGAUCGAGGACAAGCGAUUUGUUCGCUGCAAUGCAAGGGCUUUGUUCAGCAGUCGCACGCAUCUCUGAAGCUGAAGCCUCUUCGUCCAGUUCUGCCGCGGCUUUGCUGGAUCGUGGCCAUGGACUUCACAAAUUGCAUGAGACGAAACCAUUCCUUCACUCGAUCUAUGCGCAUGACCCGACUUUGAAGCAGAAUUACACUCUGUCGAUCGGCGUUCAGGCCUUGGACCUGCCCGUCGCUGAUCAGACCGGCAUCUCUACAGUCACUCCCUCCUUUCCUUUGUCUCUGUCGGCACAGGAUCUCUUGGCUUCGUCGUCCACCAUGGACCAAGCCCAAGCUCUCGGCUCUAUUCCAUCUGAGACAGACAGAGAAAAGCUUGUGCCUUUGCACUUUGUUGUUCAAUUGUCACCACCCGUUGUUGUCACAAGACCAACAGCUGCCAAGCUCGCCUGCAUUUGCAACCUCCAGCAGCUCACACCACACAACAACAAUCCUGGUGCACCGGUUCCGGCUUCCGGAGGCGCCACCUGGUUCGAAGAUGUCCUUGCCACGUCUUGGUCUCGUCGUCCGCGACAAGCAUCCGAGGAUGCACGCAAAUCAUCAAAGUGUACCUUCACAUUGGCGCAGACGGUUGAAAGUGUUCGCAGCACGGAAUUGCAAGGACUCGUCAUCGAUUGCCUCCCGCUGCUGAGCAAUCCUGCGCCUCCCGCGGAUGCGAUGGAUGAGAGCAGUUCGCCUCAAGUUGGCGCUUCAACCUUGGCAAGACUCUUGGCGGCUAUCGAAGUACUGCGCGAUGAAGUCAAGGUCACUGAGAUCAUGCACUCGGCCAUCUCUUCGAGCGAGAGCGAAGCAGGGACUGUGGAUGGUGGUCAAGGCCAGGCAGACGAUCUGUCGCUUGACGACGUUCUCGCGUCGGCUUCUAGCGAGGACUCGGGUAAGAUCGCCGUCACAAUUGCAUUUCGGACUCCACUCCACGGAGCUGUUGACGAGGCACAGCGAAGCCUUAGCUUGCAACUUGUUUUCCGUGCUCUGGCAGACAAUGGCGCAACGGUGAAUUUUGAUGCCUCGAUCUCACCGUCGAAACCAACGUCCGAGGUUGGCUGGUUGCUCUCUGCGGUUGCCGAGUCGGAUGCGUCAGGCAAGACAGCGAGCAAACAGGCGCGUCUUGAAAGCUCUUCGUCGGAAGCGCAGUCUAUGGUGGCCGAGCUGCGUGAUCUCGAUUCGCUCGAGGAUGUGGUCGUCGGCCUAUUGGGGUGGGCUGAGCAACAGCUUGAGCUGCGUCUCAAGAAGCCAGCAGCAAGCGAUGCUGCUUUUGACGCACUCUCGUACGAGCAGCAAAACGUUCAUGCCAUCUAUGAGACGAUCGCACCUCACUUUUCCAACACCCGAUACAAGCCGUGGCCUUUGAUACCUGCGUUUCUGAGCACGAUUCCAGCCGGCAGCCUGGGUGCGGAUCUCGGGUGCGGAAACGGCAAAUACCUUGGCAUUCGAUCGACUCUUGGACUGCCACGUACCACAACGCCAACACCAGAGUCAGAGUCAGACCAAGAAUCGUUGACGAGGCGUCUUGGUCAGGAGAGCUUGGUAACCAUUGGUGUUGAUCGCUCGUCGAACCUGAUCGGGCUAGCAAGGAACAAUUUCGGUAUGAUGGAGGGAGCUAACAAACCAGCAUUAGCGGCCGACCAGAGAUAUCACGAAGUGGCUGUGGGAGACGCGAUCGAGUCAUCACUGCGUACAGGGGUGUUCGAUUAUGCGAUCAGCAUUGCGACGAUCCACCAUUUUUCGACGUGGCAACGCCGACGUGCGUCUGUGCAGGAGCUGAUCCGCAUUGUAGCGCCUGUACAAGGUGGAUCGCUGAGCGCGGCCAGUGACGGUGGUGUUGGUACGGCUGACGCUCGUCUGCAAGGCGGAUCCGGUCGUGGUAGGUUCAUGAUCUUUGUCUGGGCGCUCGAGCAGAAGGACGAAGGCAAGCGACACUUUCAGGCUACGCACCCCGAGUCGCUCAAACACGAGCGUGAGAUCCACGAUCCCAACCACGUCAAGAGCAAAGACCGUCUGGUUUCCUACAGCGGCUUACACACCGUCGGUCAAGCUGAGGCUGACGCCCAAGUGACCGAUGUCCAAGACGUGCUUGUUCCGUGGGUGCUAACUACGGCGGCGUCCAAGAAAGCCAAGCCGCCGAAAGCCUGCAAGGGUAGCAACAAGUUGGAUGUGGCAGCAUCCAGGGAUAUGCAAGCAACGACGCGCGAGGUCGAAACGGCGCUGUCGUCGCUCACCGUCCAGACCGAGGCGGACGAAACGCGACCAGCGCGCAAAGUGGGACAAGUAGACACGGACGGUGCAAGGCCCGUGUACAAUCGAUACUACCACAUGUUCCGGUCGGGCGAGUUGGAGGCGUUGGUUGCCGAUGCAGCCGCUACGAUGCCUGCUGUACACCGUAGUUCGGCUGGCGUCGCGCAACGCAUCCACGUCGUGCGUGAGGCCGGCGGCUGGGAGAGAGGCAACUGGUGGGGGGUAUGGCGCGUUCAGUGGUCGCAGCCGUGA